GCGCGCUGCGCGUCCCGUCUAGUUCUCCACAACUGUUAUUUUCCUAACAUUUUUUUUUCCAUGUGGAGUGUAAUCGUCAACGCUGUUUAACGGGGGGAAUCCAGCCCAUAUAUUUAUUGUAGCCGCUCUUGAAUAUUGUGCUCAAGAUGGCCGCCGAUGUGGGAUCGAUGUUUCAAUAUUGGAAGAAAUUUGAUCUCCGGCGGCUUCAGAGGGAGCUAAAUUCAGUGGCGGCACAACUAGCAGGCCGACAGGAAGAGAGCGAGGACUCCCAUAAGCACCUGGUGGAACUGAGCCGGGAAUUCAAGAAAAAUGUCCCAGAGGAGGUGUUGGAGAUGGUUUCGCCCGUCCUCAAGAGUUUCCAAGCUCAGGUGGUUGCGUUGAGCCAGCGCAGUAAGGAGGCGGAGUCUGCAUUCCUGGGAAUAUACAAACAGCUGAUCGAGGCCCCAGAUCCGGCUCCGCUGCUGCAGGCCACACAGGAGCGUCUGGCAGAACUUCAGCGUUCGGCUCCUGACGGUGACCCUCUAGUCACAGAAAUCUCUGAGCAUUGGAGAAAACACCUGGAGUGCCUUGACAAAGCAGAACACACAGGGGAGGGGCCUGUAACCGUGGAGACGGGGGAGGCGUCGUCACAGCGGCCCCACAUGAUGACACCAAACAGCACACAGAAUGUCCAGGAUGGAGACGCCCCACUCCAAAAUCACCAGGACCCACAGGAAGGAGUGGAGGAGAUGGGUGCGCUAAUGGCGAACCUGGAGAAGGCCAACCAGACCCUGGAGGCCAAGCUACAGUCUCAGAUGGAUUAUGAAGAGAUCAAAACUGAACUCAGCAUCCUGAAAGCCAUGAAACUGGCAUCAGCCAACGGAAGUUCAUCCCAGGAAUCAGCCAAAACCGCUGAGGCUCUGCUGCUGGACAAAGAUGCCUUUCUUCCCUCUCACAAAUUUCUUGUGGAUAAAGUCAGAGUGUUACACAACAGCGAUGAGGGUCACUCUGAGGACUGCAGUAAGCAUGUGAGUCGCCCGGCGGGGUCGUAUUCCUCCCCUCCAGGAACUUUGCCCAUAGAUACCCGCACUUCCUCCAGUCCAGGACCGCCCAACACUGACACGCCAUUCUCUGCCCAUGAACUGCCCCGCCCCUUCUCAGUGUCGCCCUUCUCGAGUGAGAAACUUCAUGGAGAUCAGCUCCUGCAGAAGCAGCUCCUGUCUCCGCUCUUCAAGAAAGACGGCAGCUCCAUCAUGGCAUUCCCCACUGCCCUCUACGCCGCCAAAGCGGCCCUCAUGUCAGCCAAUCAGAACGCCUCAAUGUCCGUCGCCAUAGAGACAGGCAUGCCAAGUGACCAAUCGGAGAGCGGAAGCUCAGGGGGAGGAGACGACAAUCAGUUGGAAACGGCAGAAAUCGCUUUUCAGGUCAAAGAGCAGCUGCUGAAACACAACAUCGGUCAGCGUGUGUUUGGCCACUACGUGCUGGGCCUCUCGCAGGGCUCGGUCAGCGAGAUCCUGGCUCGACCCAAACCCUGGAGGAAACUCACCGUCAAGGGCAAAGAGCCUUUCAUCAAAAUGAAGCAGUUCCUGUCGGAUGAGCAGAACAUCCUGGCGUUACGCACCAUCCAGGUUCGCAAGCGAGGGAGCAUCACUCCUCGCAUCCGAACUCCUGAAACUGGGUCAGAUGAUGCCAUCAAGAACAUUCUAGAGCAGGCCAAGAAGGAGAUCCAGUCACAAAGAGGUGAUUGUAAGUCGUCUCUGGGCUUUUCAUCAGGACGUAACAGCUCUGGAGGAAGCAGCAGUUCUGACGAAACCAUCAAGAGCAUCCUGGAACAGGCCCGUCGAGAGAUGCAGGCGCAGCAGCAGGCCCUGCUCGAGAUGGAGGUGUGCGGCCGGGCGUCCUCCAGCGAGCGUCUCGCCCUGCAGGAUCCUGUCAAGGGUCAGCUGCCCCCCACUCCGCCCUUCAUCAAACAGGAAGAGAAUGUGUCCGUGCCGAUGUGCGUGUCCAAUCCCACCGGCAGCCCUCAGAUGCCUCUGAGUGUCCUGUCUCCCGCCGCCUUUGUCCAAAACAUCAUCCGUAAGGUGAAGUCAGAGAUCGGCGAUGCUGGUGCGUAUUUCGACCAGCACUGGUCCGCCGAACGCAGUGCGGUCGUGAUGGGCGUGAGCUCUCACCCGUUCACCUCCGUGUCUCCGUCGCUCUCCUCCUCUUCGUCCACGGGACAUUCGUCCAUGCCUCGUCCCUGGCCGCGGAUGGAGAACGGAGACUGCCCUGCAAACGGCGAGGAAACGUCCGCGCCAGAGGACGAGCCCAUGUUGGGACGGCAGGUGGAGAUCAAGGUGGAGCCGGACGCGUCGGUCAGCGGUGAGCCGCCCUGCGGAGGAGGACGAGUAUCAUACUACCCCACCUACAUCCCCCGAACCCUGAAGCCCACUGUCCCGCCGCUGACCCCGGAGCAGUACGAGAUGUACAUGUACCGCGAGGUGGACACCCUCGAACUCACCCGGCAGGUGAAGGAAAAACUGGCCAAGAACGGGAUCUGCCAGAGGAUCUUCGGAGAGAAGGUGUUGGGUUUGUCUCAGGGCAGCGUGAGUGACAUGUUAUCCAGACCUAAACCCUGGAGUAAGCUCACUCAGAAGGGCCGCGAGCCGUUCAUACGCAUGCAGCUCUGGCUGCUGGACCAGCUGGGUCACGGACUCAACCAGCUGUCCAACCACAGCCACGGUCAGGAUAAGAGCCCCGUGACGAGCCGCUCGUCCCCGUCCCCUCCUCCGAGUCCUGAGGACGGACACCCCAGCAUGACCCUGGAGCCCGUGAGUCUGGCGCUGGAGAGCAGUAAGGAGAACCAGCAGCCGCAGCACGCCGAGCCCCACGGAGGGAAGAGCACGCCGGGCAUGACGGAGCAGCCCCACACGCCGCUGGGCAUCCAGGAGCUGGUGGCCAUGUCUCCGGAGCUGGACACGUACGCCAUCACCAAGAGAGUGAAAGAAGUGCUGACCGACAACAACUUAGGUCAGCGUCUGUUUGGAGAGAGCAUUCUGGGAUUGACUCAGGGUUCAGUGUCUGACCUGCUGUCCAGACCGAAGCCCUGGCAUAAGCUCAGUCUGAAGGGCCGUGAGCCGUUCGUCCGCAUGCAGCUGUGGCUCAACGACCCGCACAACGUCGACAAACUCCGAGACGUCAAGAAAAUGGAGAAGAAAGCGUAUCUGAAGAGGCGAUACGGUCUGCUGAGUCCCGGCUCAGACAGCGAUUCCCCCGGCGCUCAUUCAGACUGCAUCAGUCCGGGUCUGACUCCGCUGGAGCUCUGCCCCUUCAGCCAGGCCAAGAAACCCCGCGUGGUGCUGGCGGCCGAGGAGAAGGAGGCUCUGAGGAAGGCGUAUCUGCAGGAGCCGUAUCCCUCGCAGCACACCAUCGAGAUGCUGGCCGCUCAACUCAACCUCAAAACCAACACCGUCAUCAACUGGUUCCACAACUACAGGUCCCGUAUGCGGCGAGAGGUCCUGAUGCAGGGUCUCCAAGACAACGACACUGACGCCGAGCACAACAACUACUCCCCGCUGACAUCCCACAGCCCCACAUCCGACCGCGACGACAGGAAGCAGCCCUCGGCCGUUCACAGCCGCCCUCUGAGCGCCACCCCGCGCCGCUUCGCUGUCAAACAGGAGACCAGUGAGCCGGAUGAAGACGAGGAGCUCCGUCUGCGGCAGGCCAAGAGCUUCUCCAUCGCCGUUCAGUUUGCCCAGCUCAAAAGCGACCCGGAAACGCCCCCGCACCGCUCGCUGGGCGUCAAAGACGAGGAGCCGCAGAGGAACAGCCAUGAGGACGAGGAGCUGGAGAAGUCGCCCGAGGAUCCCGUCAGCUUCAAGGCUUCGUCCGAACCAUCCCGGAGCAGCCUGGAGGUGUCGCUCAACUCGCCCUCCGCCGCGUCCUCGCCUGGCCUCAUGAUGUCCGUGUCCCCUGUCCCAUCCUCUUCCGCCCCCAUCUCCCCGUCGCCACCCAACCCACCGGCCCCAAGCCAUCAUCACCCGCCGAGCUCGCCCUCGCACAACUCCAAACUCAACAAAAGCACUCAGAGACGCAACGAGAAGAUGGCCAACCUCAACAACAUCAUCCAUCGCCUGGAACGGGCCGCCAACCGCGAGGAAACGCUCGAGUGGGAGUUCUAGAAAUUCACACUCUGUAAGAAGAUCGUAAGCGUCAGAUAUUUAUAAACACAUUUUAGGUAUUUUGAUAAAGUCACUUUGGAUUCUACGUCACAGCACUAGCUGUUUCGAGGAGAGGUAACGUAGCGGUGUCAUGAAAUGCACACUGACGUCUUGUAGAUUGCCACUGGGUGAGAUUAUGAAAUAAAAGACCUCUGUCUUAAGCCAUCAAAAAGCACUACUUAUUUAAAAACAAAAAAAGAGAGAGACAAUGACCAAAUUUGCUAAUUUUUGAAUAGCAGUUUUUCAACUUUUGUCUGUAAGACGGGACAAGUCAAGUGACGUGCGACAGCUUCACGUUGACCGAGGGAUAGUCCUAAAAGACUCUAAAUAGUGAACAAUGCAUAUGUAUUUAGUUUCUUGGUGACAUGUUUUGGAUCUUUUGUUAUACAAGCGUACAACGUGUGAUUGUGUGUGAUGUAGAAAUCGUCUGCAAUAGCCUUCUCUGAACAAGAUGUAGCAUGGAACAUAAUUUACCUUCUAUUUCCUCUCUAGAUAGUAACCUGUGAUAUACUUGAGCGAUACUAUAAAAAGAGAAAAACGGCAAAAACAAGAAAAAAGGAAAUGUAAAAAAGUCGCUACGACGGUAGAUGCAUUUUUGAUUUCGUGAACGUGUCAUGUUUUAUUUUAUUUUUUUGGUUGGAUACUUUGAGGUUUUACACCAGGGCUCUUGUGCACAGUUUACACACUGCAAAACAAAU